ACGGAGUCACAUUGGGAACACUUUUCUCUUCUUUCAACAUCAACAACAAAAUAAUCAUCAUGAUGAGCUUGGAUUUCCUGAACGCUGCUCUCCUCAUGUCACUGUGUGUGUGGCUUACUGUCGGCAUGGUCGUACCUGAGGACACACUGGAGGUCAAAACCUUCCAGGGGGAGGACUGCACUCUUCCCUGCCCUGCUGUUUUUAAGGAAGGGGUUGAAUAUUUAUCCCUCACUUGGUACAAGGCCAUACAGCCCCCGUCGAAGCGUCUCAGCGGCAUUCUGACCAGAGGCCUCCCGAACGGGACGGUGCAGUGGUACCUGGGAGUGGAGCGCGAGGUGGAGCUGCUGGGCGACUCCCCCGCCAUCUUCAUACCCAACAUCACCUGCGCCGACCGCGGGGUGUACACCUGUCAACUGGCGGCGCCUUUGGGAGAGCAGAACCGGGAGAAGGAGGUCAUCCUCACCGUCUCAGAUUGUCCGGCCGAGUCGACGGAUGACCUCGCAAAAGACGCUUCCUUGGUGGUUAUCGCCGUGGUGCUGCUGCUCGUCGCUCUCCUGACUUUCAGAAUAAGCUAUGUUUGUUUGAGGAACAUCCUCAGAGACAAGAAACAAGAAACGCCGCGGAAAGAGACUUUGUUAGACGGGAGGCUCAGACCGCUCGACAAGAAGGACCUCAUGAUGAUCUCUACGCUGGGUCCUAAACCGUCCAAAACAAUGAAGCAUGGAGGCGUCUGAGGAACUGCCUGUGCUGUAAAUGGUUCCUGUAGGAUGACCAGCUGCCUGAUCUGUAGCGGUGCCUUAAAACUCAUCCAAGUCCACAAGCUUAUUUCUGAAUAUUUGAUUUAUUGAUUAGAGAGGUGAACUUUUAGAAAGUGAUCUGAAAUCCCCCGUAACCAGAAAGCACAACAAGGUCCCGCUUUAUCGGACGACCUUUCACCCCCAGGUACAGAGAGCUAGGUGUUAGAGAUGCCCCAACAAACUAAGACUAGAAAUCAAAGUGGACAUGAGAGCGAGGACUGUGAGGCGCCGCAGAGUCCAGUUCAGACACGAGGGAGGAGCUGGAUUAGGAGUUAUUAAGAAAUGUCACCGUCGCCUGAAUGAGAUCACAAACAGGGCGGUUGUGGUCCGGAGCUUCAGGGUGAACCUGGAGCAGGUAGACCCCCAGAGAGGAGGCGAACCUGUAGGAAGAAGCUCCACUGAGUGACCAAGAGGGUGUCCGGAGAGUCACGCUGAUGAACGAGAACAAAGUUGUGUUAAAAUGAGAACAAAGUCGUAGAUUAUACGAACUAAGAGGAGAACGAGGGGCGUGGAGAAUCUCGUAACGUUAAACUUCACCUGUUACCUGAGCUUUACGAAGAAUCAGGAGUGAUCCAGGACAGAACCGAGUCUGAUGAACAGCAAAACCUGCAAAACCUGAUAAAUAAGAAAAUAUCUUUAUUAUUGUGAAAUCAAUUAUAUAUAAUAAUAUUAUUAUUAUAUUAUGAGUUUGAUACUCCUAAUAUUUAUUUAAUGAGUCAGAGCGUCUACUUUUUUAUUUACGACUUUGUUCUUAAAAUAUUACAACUUUGUUCUC